AUGGUCGCCCUCCGCCUCUUCCUCGUCUUCCUCCCGCUCGCGGCCGCCGUGCCGUCCUCGUACGCCCUCGAGCCCCAGGACCUCACGCUGCACCGGCUCGUGCGCCGCCACUGCGAGAAGCCCAACAACUGCGGCGCCGCCGUGCAGGGCACCGAGUGCAACUUCUGCUGCGCCAAGGACGUGAAGCCCAGUAGCGUGCACUGCAAGGCGGAGGCGGGCAAGGCCUGCCAGGCCGAUGGGAAGGAGGGCGUGACGUUCAACUGUGACGCUGAUUGA